AUGCAACAGAACACCACUACACUGGAUCUCGAACGAUGUGACAUUGGUGACCAAGGAGCACAACAUUUAGCCGACGCUCUACAAGAUAACAAAACACUUAAUACAUUGAACCUUGGAGCCAAUGAUAUCGAUGAUCAAGGAGUACAAUACUUAGCCGAUAUGUUACAAGAAAAUAAAACACUCGUCACACUAAAUCUCAAUUGGAAUCUCAUUACCGACGAAGGAGUAUAUCAUCUUGCCAGUGCUCUACGAAAAAAUGAAACACUCAUCACAUUAUAUCUACGGGAUAAUAAGAUUGGCCCAGAAGGUGUAAAACAUCUUGUUAGUGUUCUACAAAAUAAUACAACACUCACUACACUUAACCUCUCCGACAACUAUAUCUAUGCACAAGGAGUACAAAUUCUUGUCAAUGCUCUUAAAAGAAACAAAACACUCACCACACUAAAUCUCAGGAACAAUGAUAUUCAUGUUGGUGGUGAAGGAGUACAAUAUCUUGCCGAUGCUCUGCAAGAAAACGAUGUACUUACUACAUUAGAUCUCGAAUUAAGUGGUGUGGAAUGUCGAGGAGCACAAUAUCUAGCAAAUGCUCUCGUGAAAAAUAAAGUAAAAUUUCUUGCUCGUUUUCGUAUCGUAUCACUUACAUAUUAUUUCACAUAG